UCGUCGAGGCGCUGCGGGAUGCUCGCUCUCCUCUCUAAGGCGCUCUCCUACGUCUGGAGACGCGCAGAUGACGAAGAUGAGAGAUGGGCGACCUCUGGUGAUAAAGAAUUGAAAAGGGUACAAGGAGUAGUGACAAGACUUUGUCAUGAUUAUGGGAUGAUAGAUGACACAAUAGUCUUCACAAAGGAUGUUGUUACAAAAAAUAUGUUGCUGACUGUUGGACAAGAAGUCACUGCCACUGUGGAAGAGGAUAAAACGUCAGGUGGCCUGAAGGCUGUCGGGGUAGACACCAUCCAGAAUACACAAGAAGACUCCAGUCCUACUUGUGAUGCCUCUGAACUAAAUAAGAAAACACUAAUUGGCAGUAUUACCUCUCUCUCUGUGGAUGGUGGCUAUAUUAAUCAGAAUACAUACUUCGCAAUGCAAGACGUCUGGGAAGAUUUCAAACCUUAUGAAGGAGACUGGGUGCAAGCAAAGUAUUAUAUUAACUCAACAACAUGGAAGACUGAAGCAGUUGCUGUAAGGCCUUUGAGGUAUAAACAAGUAAACAAGGUUCGCAUUUCCAACAUCUGUGGAAGAACUGGGACAGUAGAUGACAGUAUAUUUUUCACUUUGGAUUCACUGAGACUUCCUGAUGGUUACUUACCUCGUAGACAUGAUCUAGUGAACACAAUUGUGGUGGAGAGCAGUCAGUCCUGUUACAUUUGGAGAGCUCUCUGCUUGGUGCCAGUCAGCCAGGAUGGACAAUCUCACUCUAAUGAAGGUAAUGUGGAUGAGCCUUAUGAAGACAUAAUGAGAGACAGAGGAGAGUUGAAAGUAUCAAGAAUGACUGACUUUGGAACUCUGAAGCAAGGGGAAUCUAAAAGAAUGACUGUUUGGAUAGAGAAUAAAGGGAGUGUUCCACAGUCCUUAAUCAGCUGCAGAUUAGCUGGAUGGGUGAAAGACAAGCAAUUCAGUGUUGAGAUUCCUCAAAACUGUGAGAACAGUCCAUCUUUUCCAAUAAAUCAAGAAAACCUCUCAAAAACUGCAAUUAAUUCCUUUAGCAACAGUGGAGGAUCAACAUGUGAGUCAUUGAACCAUACAUCCAUUAUGAAGAAUGGAGUCAUUCCAGAAGGAAUUAAUUUUCAAGAUACAAAUUUAUCAAGGACGAAGGAAAACAAUUCCUUGGUGAAAGAUGAAAAUAUGCAAAAUGGAGAAAGUGAGCAAAAAGACCAUGUGGAGCAACCAGCUAAGCACGGCAGUAUUACUCCAGAAAUUGUGAUACCACCAGGUGAAAAAAUAUUCAUAGUGAUUAUAUGCACAGCUGUGAUUCAUGGACACAGUAAAGAGCUCCUGUUGCUUGGCUUUUCUGAUUUUACUGUUGGCCGCUAUAUUGAAGCCACUGUAACGAAUGAAGAAGAGUUACUUAUAGCACCUGUACAACCUUAUUCUCCAAGAAAGACUAAAAUUAUUCCAGAUUCUCAGCCAAGGAAGACAACAGUGGCUGCCCCUAAACACAAAAGAAAUAAGAGAAGGUGGUGUUCAAACUUUCUCCCGCAUUAUACCAUACCAGAUGAGUUAAGAAAAUGUGUGGAACAGCAUUUAGACAUACUGAACUUUCAGCCCCUCCUAGCAGAGCGUCUUAACCUAGAUAAUUAUAAAGCAAACUUUUCUACUCUUUUAUGGCUUGAAGAGAUCCAAGCAGAAAUGGAUUUAAAAGACUAUUACAUGAGUGGGGUUACUUUAAAAAGGAAUGGGAACUUGUUAGUGCUGGAAGUGCCAGGAGUAGAAGAGGGCAGACCUCGCCUGAUUCCAGGUGAUAAGGUGAUACUGAAAAGUCAAGUCUACUCAGAUCAUAUAAUAGAGUACAUUGCCUAUGUUGCUGAGAUAUGUGAGGAAGAUGUUACUCUUAAGAUUAAUGCCGACUUUGAACAUGCUUACAACUUGGAGCCCAUGGAUGUGGAAUUUGUUCAUUGCAGUAUUCCUAGCAGGCGAUGCCAGUUGGCCAUUCAGCAAGCGCUCUAUCUGGGUGAAAAAGUGUUAUUUCCAGAAAGGCUUGUGUUACAACCACCACAAGCUAUCAAGACCCAGAAUACUACAGACUAUUGUGCUGUUGAUGAUGGCCUUAAACAACCUUCACAGCAGGAAAAUAAGGUCACAAAAAAGCAGAACAAACAGACAAAAGUUGGUGAAACUGUGGCACUUAAACAGAGAGAUGGUGAAUUUUUCAAUCCUGUGCUGAAUGUGCAACAGAAACUGGCAGUGAAAAGGAUACUGAGUGGUGAAUGUCGCCCAACACCUUAUCUUCUCUUUGGACCACCAGGAACUGGAAAAACAGUAACAGUAAUUGAAGCUAUUUUACAGAUACAUUUUGCUCUCCCAGACAGUCGGAUUUUGGUAUGUGCACCAUCAAAUGCUGCAACAGAUCUGAUUUGCUUGCGGCUGCAUCAAAGCAAUCUCUUAAAACCAGGAACUAUGGUUCGAGUUAAUGCUGCCUUCAGGUCAGCAGAGCAAAUUGAUGACAUGGUGAAACCUUACUGCAAAGAUGGUGAUGAUAUUCAGAAGGCAUUGUGGUCCAGGAUUGUAAUUACAACAUGCAGCAGUGCAGGAUUGUUUUAUCAAACAGAUACACGGCUUGGACACUUCACUCAUGUGAUUCUGGAUGAGGCGGGUCAAGCAAGUGAACCGGAGAGUCUGAUUCCUAUUGGGUUGAUUUCAGAAGCUGAUGGACAGAUAAUUCUCGUUGGAGAUCCGAAGCAGUUAGGGCCAGUAAUAAAAUCUAAACUUGCAGAGUCUUUUGGAUUAAGUAUGUCCUUGCUAGAAAGACUGUCAUCAAGAGAGCUGUAUCUGAGAGAUGAGGAUGCUUUUGGUGCCUGUGGAGCAUACAAUCCUUUGCUGAUCACUAAACUCACGAAGAACUACAGGUCACAUUCUGCAUUGCUUGCCUUGCCAUCUAAAUUGUUUUAUCAUAAGGAACUAGAAGUUUGUGCAGAUACCUCAGUAGUGACUUCUUUCUUGAAUUGGGAGAAAUUGCCUAGGAAGGGAUUUCCAUUAAUUUUUCAUGGAAUAAGGGGCAAUGAAACACGUGAAGGUCGCAGUCCUUCGUGGUUUAAUCCAGCUGAAGCAGUUCAAGUAAUGAUGUACUGUUGCCAACUGACAAGAAGUGAAUACUCUGCAGUCCCAGUGACAGAUAUUGGAGUGAUUGCACCAUACCGUAAACAGGUGGAAAAAAUUCGGUUUCUUCUCAGAAGUAUUGAUUUGGAAGACAUAAAGGUUGGCACAGUAGAAGAGUUUCAAGGGCAGGAGUACAUGGUUAUCAUCUUAUCAACCGUGCGAUCUCAGAAAGUCGUAAUUGAUAAUGAAAAACACUCUUUGGGCUUUCUCUGUAACCCAAAGAGAUUUAAUGUAGCAAUUACUAGAGCAAAAGCUUUGCUGAUUGUCGUGGGAAAUCCUCACAUUCUUGUGAAAGAUCCCUGUUUUUGUGCACUGUUAGAAUACAGUUUAAUGAACAGAGUUUAUAUAGGUUGUGACCUGCCUGCAGAGCUGGAACACCUGCAGAAAUUAAACUGCACAUCUGCCUGUAAUUGAAGUUAACAAGAUUUGGUCUGGACUUCAAAGCCAAUUUGCAUUGUCCUGCUGCCUGCUUCUAGAGAUACUGUAAAAUAAGUUACCUUUGUUUCCUCACCAUGAGAAAUGUGAACAGUUCAACAUCGUUUUCCCUCUGUUUCUCAUGUCCUAGUGUUUGUGUCACUCUUUGUAUAUCCAGACAAGAGCAGAGUGCUGCCUGCCUUUAGACAUAGCCUGCUAAGGAGUAACACUUAAUAAGAAUCAGCCUUGCAUGUACCAUACCUGAAGAAACAGUAGUGCCAAGUCUGGUGACAGCGGUUUGAACUGCAUGUCAAUGUGGUCCCAAACAUGUUCCUUCUAUAAAUGAUGUUUCAGAGAGUUUUCAGAGUUGAUUUUCCAUUGAACCACGUGGAAAAAUCAACUCUUACCUCACAACACUGUGGGUGCAUUUUUUUAAAAAUCUCUUGAAUACAGUGAAGUGCUUUAAAAUUGCAUUAUCUCUCUUCUGUUUGUCCCCAGUGCAUUAAACUCGCCAUUAUUUCUUAAAAAAUAAAAUUGCAUUUGUAUCCUAGGAACAACCUGUGUUCCAAAAACUUCAACUUUAGUAAUACCUUGUGCUCUUACUGUAAAAUGAAUUUGCCAUUUCUUUUUUUUUAUGCUGGGAGUUUUUGUACUGCACUUGCAGCUGGAAACCCAUAGCACAUCAGACCUUGCAAUUCACAAGCCUGAGAAUUGUAGAAAUUUGUAUUGAAACAAAACUCCAGAUAAAAUUUGUAUCAGCAAGCCUUCUGCUGAAUCAUAAAACAAUUCUUUUAGGAACUUACCUCAUGCAGUCUGAAGAUAGGGCAUAGAUACAAAGUAAAUUCACUCUUCUCAGUAAUGCCAUUGAAAUUCAGACAUUUUCCUAUACAGGGCUGAGUACUCUAUGCCCAAUGAGGAAUUUAAUUUCAAUUUCUGCCCACCUUGUGGACCUCACAGAGUUUUUGAAACUGUAGAUCUGUUUAAGAGUUUCAACUCUUUUUUCCCUGCAUACCUAUUGUGCAAUAGGUAGGUAUGUAUGCAGAAAGUCCCACAACCUGUGAGGAGGAGGUUAAUGCAGUACCCUGAGUGCUUGUAUGUAAACAUAGACAACUAAUGUAUGUUAAAAGUGUGAAUAAACUCACAAUUUCCAUGCAGA